AGGUGUCGCCAUUUGGCUUAGUUUCCUUUUGGCCGGUGUCAAGCGCAGUUCGCUUCUCGCUUUCAAGCCGUUGAACUUAAAUGCAUUGGUCUAACAGUGGCAGUUAUAAAUGGUUUACAAAAAUACUAACAAGAACGAUCAUUGACAAAUUUUAGUGAUCUGACUUUGUGCUGCGGGGUAAUUAAGAUAAUCUAAAUGAAAAUUAUUUUAGAUUGCCUCGACAAGCUUACCGUGCAGUGCAAUUUGAAAAUAUGUUAACCCUGCGAUUUUGUGCGCCAAAGAACAGCCAACAACGCGAAGGAAAAGAACAUAUCGCUGCAGUUCGUGUCAAGGCGUAUACGCCAUAUUAAAAAGAGCAACGAAUACUGCUCCGUUCAGGGGCCGAGGCAGGGAUAAAUUUGCAAAGGCUCCAGCGGCACAACGCCGCCAGACGACAGCCAAUGUGACCCAGUUAAGGCCAAAGGAUUUAGCCGCCCAAGGACCGCGAACCAAGGAACCGAAUCGCGAAACGCGACACGGGAUACGCGAACGCGGAGCUCGCAAUCCCAGAACCGACACGCAGCAAGGAUUAUCAAUUUGCUUGGCACUUUAAUGGAGUUGGCCAGGAUGCCGGGAAGCCUGAUCCUUCUGGCCCUGCUCAUCUGCUUGCCGGAAACAAGAGCCAGCCAGCCGGAAGAGACAUCAAUAUUAAACGGCAGCGGAACAAAUGGGCGACCCCUUCAAAGAACUCAAUCAAGGCGCGAGGCAUUAAUUCCGGCGACAACGCAAAUGGCCCGGACAUCGGACAAAGCAGCCGCAUUUAGGCCAACAAUGGCAGCUGCAGCGUUGGCUUUGGCUUUGGAUGCAGCCCAGAAUCGUUCCGAGCACAAUGUCGCCAUUAAUAACAUCAGCAACAAUGGCGAUCAGCGCCUGACCGCUGCCCUCGAGGCGAAUCUGAUUAUGAGCAAUCGGAAUGUCCAUGAGCAGCACAGCUACCGAAUCACGCACGGCGACAAUGCUACACUAGCUGUACCGCCAGUGUUUGCAACCACUACUACAGCCACCACUGAGCCAGCUCCGACAACAACGACCACUAGGCGCACCACUCGACGACCUGUGCCAACCACCACGCUGAAGCCACCGCCGACAAUAGAUGAUUACCAAACAAUAAUUAGCCAAGCCGGCACCCACGCCUAUCUGCCAUGCAACGUGAAGCAGUUGGUGAAGAAGCCCAUCUCCUGGCUGCGGAUGCGGGACGGUCACAUCCUUACCGUGGACCAGACCACGUUUAUUGCGGAUCAGCGCUUCCAGUCGGUCUUCUCGCCAAAUCCUGAGCGUUGGUCGCUUCAGAUUAAGUACGUUCAGGUGAAGGACGAGGGCACCUACGAGUGUCAGGUGUCCACGGAGCCCAAAGCCAGUGCAAUUGUGCACUUAAGGAUUGUUGAACCGAAAACCGAAUUAAUUGGGGAGUCAACGCGACAUGUGAAGGCCGGAAGUCAAGUGAAAUUGCGUUGCAUAAUUAGCCAGGCUCUGGAGCCGCCGCUUUUCAUUAAUUGGUUUUACAAUCAGAAGCAAAUCUAUUUGCAUAAUCGUCGCGGUUGGCGUACGGAAAUUGAACGCAUUGAGCUGCCAGCGGAAGUGCCAACCACCAGCACCACCACCACUAGCACCACAUCCACCACAACAACAACACCAGCAGCAACAGCUUCCACCACAUCCAGCACUGGAUCAACAGCAGCAGCUUCGACAUCCAAAUCGGCAUUGGAGGCACUUAAUGGGUUGGCUACCAUAACACGUUCAUACAUUUUAGAUGCCAUAUCACCGAAUGAUGUGGCAAGUGGCGCUGUUGCCGGGACGACAGCCGCUGAGCUGGCUGCAGAUGUGGAUGCAACAUCUCCGACUUCGGCCAACCCACCGCCCAUCUUGGCAUCCACAGCUGCUGCAAAUGCAGUGGCAUCCGCUGAGGGUGCAACAACAAUGGCAACAGCCUCCAUGGCGGCGACAGGUGACUCGGCAAUUACAACAAACACCUGGGUGACGAGCACCUCAACAACAACAACAUUCACCGACUCCACGGAAAUAACAACAACGACUGUGGCAGCAACAACGACAACUCUGCUACCAAGCAGCAGUUUCAUUAAGCAGAUAACAGCGGCUUCGCUCAUCAUUCCGGCCGUAGUCAAGCUGGAUUCCGGCAACUAUACAUGCAGCCCCUCGAACAGUGCGCCACGCACCAUUGUGCUCCACGUGCUAAAUGGUGAAUACUCCGCCUCCGCCAUUAAGUCCGGCAGUGUCAGCUGGAGCACGCUAAUUGGAUGUCACGGCUAUUUGCACUGGCGGAAUGUUUCAACGCUUCUGACACUUUUGUGGAUUAUUAAAUGCGCCGUGGCCAGGGACAUCUGCCAGCCGAAUGGUGGCAAGGUUGCCGCAGCAAGGGUAUACCGGAAAGAAUCUGUGAAAGGAGCAGGGGCAGGAUUGUCGGAAGGAGGUAAUAUCGAGCCAAAAUCAAGGACCAGCUUCAUCAGAGUCAGCAGCUCAAUUAGUGCCACCAAAGUGGCCGAGGACAAGACUUGAGUUGCCAUCCGGCUAAGGCAGGAAAAGAUGAAUUUUAUUCCAUAAAGGAGGCUAUGCAUAAGGAUUUUACCCGACAUACAAAUAUUACCACAAAAUGGAUACACACUCAUCAUCGAGGCAAUACAUAGGACUCUUCAUUCAUAAUAAUAUUAUUCGAAAUAAUCGAGAUUAAUAAUGGUUUUCCAUCUGAGUGUAAAUUAAUGUUUAAAGUAAAUCUUAAGUUCGAGCAUAUCGCAUUUGCAAGAAUUGUGUAAAUAGAAUGCACAGUAUUCUCCUUCCAAGGACAAAACUACUUCCCCUACUUUAAACAAAUUGGCCAUGGUUGUAUCAUAUAAGUUAUUUGAACACCUUCAACAAGGUAUUGAUAGAAAUUUUAAAAUUAAAUUAAUAGCUCCCUAAGGAUAAAUCAAAAUAAAUCAUAAAUUCCUUUAAAUUGUAUUAUUAUUUUUGGUCAAUGCCAUUUUUCUUAAGUUUCCUUAAGAUAUAAAUUGUAAAUAUGUAUGUACACCUUCAGAAAUAUGAAUAACCCUGAUUUAUUAAGACUUACGGCUAAUCUUUAUGCAUAAAUAUUAAAUGAUAAAUACAAGAAAAACAACUGUGUAAAUAAGCGAGUGUUACUGCGUUCUAUUCCACUAAAUAAUCCACGCAAGCCAAAAGAAAAUGUAAACAUUAGUUAGUAUAUAAAAGACUUACUAAAAUUUUAGACGCAGCUACGCCAAAAAGUGAGAAAAAGAAUCCAAGAACCUAAAACAAAACAGAAAAUUUAAUCAACUAAAUAAACAAAAAUGUAAGGAGUUGCUCCAACGUUGCGUAUACUUGAUUUGCGAACAGAUUCCAAGGUAACUGCAAAUUAAAAUCGAAAUAAAAUGGAAAAUCAAUUGGAAUGAUUUGAAGUGUUUGCAAUAAUUCUUAAGCCAUUACAAAUAAGAGAAAUACAAAUAAAUAAAAUACAAUUUCUUCA